UUCAACUGCGACGCAAAUGACUUUAAUGCACGCUCGACCAUUUCAGUGACAGGUCAGGCGAUGUCAAUCUUCACUCUGAUUGGCCAGCACGAGGGGCGUGGAUAAUUAGUUUAGUAUAUGUUGUUAUGAUGCUGCAAUAUAAACCCCCUUCGCGUAGAUCGAUCCUUCUUCUUGCCUCAAGAAAUUCUUAACGUCUUGCAAUUCCCGCGAAAACGUCUUGGUCUUCAAGCAACUUCUUUUGGCAAGAAUCAUUCGAAAAGACAUCAUGAAGAAUCCACUGCGAUUCAUCACGGUCGAGCCUGUGCUGUUGAUGUACAUGACCGCCACCUUGAUGAUGACCCCGGUACUGCAGCAGACCAUCUACUACAAGCUGUGCUACCAGUUCCACAACGCCACCAUCUGCGACAACCUGGGGGACUACAGGCACGUCGAGUACGAAGUCCAGGAGCAGGCGUCGCGAUGGUACCUCUACAUCACGGUCUGUAUCUCUGCACCCGCCAUUUUCAUCUCUUUCUUCGUGGGCCCGUGGAGUGACAGGGUUGGUCGGCGGCUGCCGAUGUGCCUGCCGCCGGUGGGAGGUCUGUUCUACGCCCUGAGUUUCCUGGUACAGUCCCUGGACCAGUUCCUCCUCACCAUCCCCGUGGAGUGGACGCUGGUCGGCGCCCUGGCGCAGGGCUUCCUGGGAGGUUACACCGUCAUCAUCCUCACCACGUACAGCUAUCUAGCCGAUGUGACAACUGAAGAGAACCGCACCAGGCGCAUGAGUAUCCUGACCGCCAUGCUGACCAUCUCCGGCACCAUCGGGCUCGGCAUCGGCGGCGUCAUCGUCGACAACUUCGGCUUCUACGUCGUGUUCGCCAUCUGCAUGGGUCUGCACGUCAUCAACUUCAUCUACAUCUGGGCACGGCUGAGGGAGAAGAAAAGGGACGAAGACACCCAAGUGGUGCACACUAAGGUUGACUGUGGUUACGUGAUGAACACACUGAAGGUGGUCACCAAGACUCGCCCCAACAACGGCCGUCUUCAUCUCAUCCUGCUCUUCUCGUGCCUCUUCAUCUACGCUCUCUGCAACACAGGUGUGAAUGAGAUCGCCAUCUUGUUCACGAAGCGUGUAGAGAUCGACAUGAGUAACUCUAACUACGGGUACUGGCAGGCCGCCCGCAACCUGGUCCCUGCGCUGUUCCUCAUGCUGCUGCUGCCACUUUGUUCAAGGUGGCUCUCUGACAAUUCUCUGGCUGCGAUCGGCGCAGUGUCCAGUGUCGGCAUGUUUGAACUGAUGGCCCUGUCCGUCAAUGAAGCCAUGCUGUGGGGAACUGUAGCAGUGGGCGCGUUUAACGGAUUCCUGAAUGGAGUCCUGCACGGUACUAUGUCCAAGAUUGUGUCAGACGACGAACAAGGUUCGAUGUUCUCCAUCCUGUCCAUGCUGGAGACCGUGACGGUGGUGGUGUCAGCCUUCAUCUUCAACAACAUCUACCCGGUCACCCUGCCCACCUUCGCCGGCUUCCCCUUCAUGCUCAUGGCCAUCAUGUUCUUGGUGUCGCUCGUCUUCGUAGUCUGGAUCGAGUUGUCCACCCCUGCUACUACCAAGAAGGUCAGCACUGCCGCUACAGCACCGGACAUUCAGCUCCGGGAGAGGGCAGCGUCCAUGCGGUCAAUAGCCAGUACUAGUGGGUGAUUGCUUACAGUAUGUUGUAAUGGACUGAUAACUGAACGCAUGUAAAACAUACACGUCAGUGGCGCAACGGUUAGAGCGUUGGACUCGGAACCGUGACCCGACGCUGUGCCCUUGGGAAAGGCAGUUAAAUUUACACG